AUGCCUCCUUCAUUACCAUCUACCCUCUCAAGGAGGGCUGUACAACAAACCGUGUCGGCCUCCUCCAUUGCCUCGCUCACGCGGGCCUUUUCCAGCACCACCCUGUGCCAGACCAACAAGAUCCCACCAGAGUCGCCAUUAUUCAUCAAUGUGCCGACACCGCCCAUGUCCCAGGCCGUCGAGGACAACCGGCCUGACCGCUUCGCCAAGAAGGGUCGCCUUCCCAUGCCGCGCCGGAUUUUCAAGCGCAAGACAUAUGAGCUUCCCAAGACGUCACCCGUCUUUCUGGCCAAGUCGGCGCCCCUGCCGAGCAAUGCCAAGUCGCAGCAACCGCCGGGCAGCGAGGUCGAGGCCCGACGCCGCGAGAUGGCCGACAUGCGCCGCCGCAACCUGAGCGAGGGUAUCGAGCAGCUGUGGAAGCGGCGCCAGGAGACGAACCGGGAGCGGUACGACCGCCACGAGAAGAACCGCCGCCGCAACGUGCACGCCAUGAAGGCGCCGCAGCGCGCCGACGAGCGCUUCACCGAGACCACGAUCCCGGCCUCGGUGCUGCAGACCCACGUGCCCCUCGACCCCCUGCGCAUGGAGCACGCCCUGCAGUCCAAGGCCCGUACCGAGGCCCUCGCCGCCCGCAAGAGCGAGGACCGCAAGGACUCGAUUCAGAAGCUCUACAUGUCGGCCCGCUCCUUCAUCAUUGACGAAGCCGCCCUUCAGGAGGAGGUUGACCGCGUGUUCCGCCCCGACACCUUUACUAGCGGCAGCACCGCCACUGGCACAACGCCCACCAACGCCUGGGACCUUUGGGGCACUCCCACCACUGUGAGGGACAUGAUUGGCGAGGUCUCGCGGACAGAUAGCCGCGUCCUGGCCUCUAUGCAGGAUGAGGGUAGCAGGACUAGCAAGCGCCAGACCAAGGUCGCCGAGGAGCUGACUGGUGGUCCCAUGAAUGAUGCGUAG